AUGACCAGUGACAGACAUAUUGAAGAUUAUAUUACGUUGUUUGUCUGUCCACAACACAAGUCCUACAGCAAUACUUCCUCUCUACAACACAAGUCCUACAGCAAUACUUCCUCUCUACAACACAAGUCCUACAGCAAUACUUCCUCUCUACAACACAAAUCCUACAGCAAUACUUCCUCUCCACAACACAAGUCCUAUAGCAAUACUUCCUCUCCACAACACAAGUCCUAUAGCAAUACUUCCUCUCCACAACACAAGUCCUACAGCAAUACUUCCUCUCCACAACACAAGUCCUACAGCAAUACUUCCUCUCCACAACACAAGUCCUACAGCAAUACUUCCUCUCCACAACACAAGUCCUACAGCAAUACUUCCUCUCUACAACACAAGUCCUACAGCAAUACUUCCUCUCUGCAACACAAGUCCUACAGCAAUAGUUCCUCUCUGCAACACAAGUCCUACAGCAAUACUUCCUCUCCACAACACAAGUCCUACAGCAAUACUUCCUCUCUACAACACAAGUCCUACAGCAAUACUUCCUCUCUGCAACACAAGUCCUACAGCAAUACUUCCUCUCCACAACACAAGUCCUAUAGCAAUACUUCCUCUCCACAACACAAGUCCUAUAGCAAUACUUCCUCUCCACAACACAAGUCCUACAGCAAUACUUCCUCUCCACAACACAAGUCCUAUAGCAAUACUUCCUCUCCACAACACAAGUCCUAUAGCAAUACUUCCUCUCCACAACACAAGUCCUAUAGCAAUACUUCCUCUCCACAACACAAGUCCUACAGCAAUACUUCCUCUCCACAACACAAGUCCUAUAGCAAUACUUCCUCUCCACAACACAAGUCCAACAGCAAUACUUCCUCUCCACAACACAAGUCCUACAGCAAUACUUCCUCUCCACAACACAAGUCCUACAACAAUAUAAGGAUCGUAAUGUUACGUUUACGUAAAGACGAGAAAUAAGCAAACAGUGAGUGCUGGGCUGACGUAACCUUGCCUCAACGUACAGAGAUCAAAGUGUGAAUUGAAGUUACUUAUACAAUCAUCUCGUAAGUAAGGUUGACAAAUUAUAUUCCAUCAGUUUAAAUGACGUAAUCUUCCCUAUACAUACAGAUCAAGGUAACAUAUGAAAUGAAAUGAGGUUACUUAUACAAACAUCUCGUAGGUAAGGUUGGCGUAACUUAUAUUUUGCUAGUUUAAAUGACAUAAUCUUCUCUAUACAUACAGGUCAAAGUAACAUACGACAUACGAGUUAAUUGAGGUUACUCAUAAAAACAUCUCAAAGGUAAGGUUGGUGUACCUUAUAUUUUGCUAGUUUAAAGGAUGUAAUCUUCGCUAUACAUAGAGAUCACAGUAACAUACAACAUAUGAAAUGAAUUGAGGUUACUUAUACAAACAUACCAGUGAAUUGAGGUUACUUAUACAAAUAUCUCAAAGGUAAGGUUGGCGUAACUUAUAUUUUGCUAGUUUAAAGGAUGUAAUCUUCCCCAUACAUACAGAGAUCACUGUAACAUACAACAUAUGAAAUGAAUUGAGGUUACUUAUACAAACAUACCAGUGAAUUGAGGUUACUUAUACAAACAUACCAGUGAAUUGAGGUUACUUAUACAAACAUACCAGUGAAUUGAGGUUACUUAUACAAACAUACCAGUGAAUUGAGGUUACUUAUACAAACAUACCAGUGAAUUGAGGUUACUUAUACAAACAUCUCGUAGGUAAAGUUGGCGUAACUUAUAUUGUGGUAGUUUAAAUGACAUAAUCUUCUGUAUACAUACAGGUCAAAGUAACAUACGACAUACGAGUUAAUUGAGGUUACUUAUACAAACAUACCAGUGAAUUGAGGUUACUUAUACAAACAUACCAGUGAAUUGAGGUUACUUAUACAAACAUACCAGUGAAUUGAGGUUACUUAUACAAACAUACCAGUGAAUUGAGGUUACUUAUACAAACAUACCAGUGAAUUGAGGUUACUUAUACAAACAUACCAGUGAAUUGAGGUUACUUAUACAAACAUACCAGUGAAUUGAGGUUACUUAAACAAACAUACCAGUGAAUUGAGGUUACUUAUACAAACAUACCAGUGAAUUGAGGUUACUUAAACAAACAUACCAGUGAAUUGAGGUUACUUAUACAAACAUCUCGUAGGUAAGGUUGGCGUAACUUAUAUUGUGGUAGUUUAAAUGACAUAAUCUUCUGUAUACGUACAGGUCAAAGUAACAUACGACAUACGAGUUAAUUGAGGUUACUUAUACAAACAUACCAGUGAAUUGAGGUUACUUAUACAAACAUACCAGUGAAUUGAGGUUACUUAUACAAACAUCUCGUAGGUAAGGUUGGCGUAACUUAUAUUUUGCUAGUUUAAAUGACAUAAUCUUCUCUAUACGUACAGGUCAAAGUAACAUACGACAUACGAGUUAAUUGAGGUUACUUAUACAAACAUCUCAAAGGUAAGGUUGGUGUACCUUAUAUUUUGCUAGUUUAAAGGAUGUAAUCUUCACUAUACAUAGAGAUCACAGUAACAUACAACAUAUGAAAUGAAUUGAGGUUACUUAUACAAACAUACCAGUGAAUUGAGGUUACUUAUACAAACAUACCAGUGAAUUGAGGUUACUUAUACAAACAUACCAGUGAAUUGAGGUUACUUAUACAAACAUGCCAGUGAAUUGAGGUUACUUAUACAAACAUACCAGUGAAUUGAGGUUACUUAUACAAACAUACCAGUGAAUUGAGGUUACUUAUACAAACAUACCAGUGAAUUGAGGUUACUUAUACAAA